GUUAUGGGUGAUGGAGUCCUGCUUUCCUGGAGAUGGCUGAACACCUGCCUACCAAUGGGAAGUGGUGAAUGAAUUCCUUGUUUUGCUUUGCUUGCGUGCACAGCUUUUGUUUUACCUAUUAAACUGUCUUUAUCUCAGCCCACAAGUUUUUCUCACUUUUAGUCUUCCGAUUCUGUCCCCCAUCCCACUGUGACGGAGGUGAGGGAGUGGCUGCGUGGUGCUUAGUUGCCGGCUGGGGUUAAACCAUGACAGUCUAUGACAUUACUUUUUGGAACCUGGAAGGAAGAAUCACAUGUGGAUAUGGAUAUAAUAACUGACAGAAAAAUGUGCUUGCCAGCCUGAUAUCACAGUGCAAUCAGUGAACGUGAUACCCAAGCUAUCUUCAGUUGAGUGUGAGGAUAUAGCGUAUAUGGAUGAAUGCAAAAAUUAGAAUUGAAAAAGUAUCCUCUAAAGUAGAAUGUGAUUCAUCCAGUUGCCGUUGGCAAAGGAGUAAAACUUUCAGUUUCCACAUAACAAUACUGAUACUGGUUUAAGCAUCUAGCUUUCUGGAGUCUAAUCUGAAUUUUACUUUGUGGCCCUAUUCCAAAAGUGCUAAGAUACAAAGCCCAGCCAUAGAUUGUGUUCAUGUCCUUCUCUCAAGUAAAUGUUGUUCUUUAAUCUAGAAGUGUUCUGUCCUUCCUGUUGUAGCUCUGAACUCUUUGUGUAUCGGACAGUGUGUAUCUUUGCUGGGCACCAAAGUCUCGUGAAAUAUGUUUCCUUUGACUUCCACAUCUGUGGGGGAAAAAAUCUGUUAUCAAAAAGAUACCUUGCUGAACACCUCGGAUGUUAUUUUUGUGCUUAUGGAAAAGUGACUUGGUGUCACAAAUCUAUCGGGUUUAUUGCCGAUAGCAAAGCUCUUCAAUACUUUUUCUAAAUAUGUGUUCUGAAGACAUGCAUAGUGUUUUUCUUUCAUUUUGCAUAACUUGUUUUACCCUGCAUUGUCAUUGCUGGGUUUUGAGGAUGUUUAUAAAGAUGCCACCGGCAUAAAGACAUAAAUAAUUAGAUGACCAGCUUCCUAGUAAGACAUCCAUACUUAUGCUUAAGUACUUCUUCUAUAUACCCCUUUUCUGAGAUUAUUUAGAAGAAGCAUAUCCCCUUUUCAAAGCUGCAAAGAAACAAUUCUAGUGUUUUCCUGUGGUCUGGCACUUGCUGUAUAAUAAGAGACUGGCGUAAGGAGAAUCAUUACAAUAGCUUGCAACUUGACUGUGUUAAAUAGGUACUUACUGAAGAUUGUCUCUUGAAUGUGUUGCCAGGUGUUUGCAUAUAAACAGCAUCACAUUAGUUAUGUGUUUCCACUGUAAAGUGUCACUGUAUGCCUGCAGUAGAGCAGGUAUGGGUCAGUACAAAGAAGGGCUAGAAGGCAUAAACAGGAAAUUCUUGGGAUAAAUACGGUACAAAAUAUAUUAAGUUAGAGCAAAAGCAACAAAGAUUUAGAGAGAUAAUGAGCUAUGCCACUGAGGGUAUGGGAUAGAUUUGGGGAUAAGCUGAUGAUAACGCUUUGGGGUUGUAUCAUGGGUUGCCAUCACAAGCUAUUUCAGCUGCUCUUCUCUGGAGUUACAUAUGUCCCAGAUUCUUGAAAUCGGGCCUAUCUCUUUGUAAUUACAGAUAAAAAAAGUUGAGUCUGUCAGGGCUAAAGUGGGAUUGUAGUUGAUGGACUGGUUCUUCUGAAUACUUGCUACUAUAGCCGUUCUUACACGUUAUGGUUGCUGAGAAAGGUCAACCCUGAAGCCCUAGCGAAGGGCUCCUUGUACAGAGUUAGGCUCUUGCUGGGGCUGAGCUAAAGGGUUUUCAGUGCAGUUACUGGUUGAUGUAGUUGCAGUAGUUUUAUUUGUUUGCUGUGAAGUCACUGAGAGGUUGAAAUGAGCCACAGUUUACUUAUUAAAUGGCUUUGCAGUUUGGAUUGCAUGUAUCUGUAAUAAAAAGUAGGUUAUUCACUUAAGUUAGGCGUGAUUAUGUCUAGACAUUAUCUGAUGGAUAUUUAGCUGUCUGCAAUGAAUGGUCCAAAUUGCCCGUGGAAUUGGAUGUAGUAGUAGGUGUGCCCAUUUAGUUUACUUAAAAUUUUUGCAGUUUUUGAAGUUAAUGUUUACACUCUAACCUUUUAAUGAGGCUACAGUUCUGUGAUUUUGAUUUGCCACCAAUGCUGUGCUUUCUAGGUGGGAUUUCAAUCCAUUGUAUGUAAGUGCUGUGGGAUUAUUAUUCUACUGUGCAGUAUCUGUUAGUGUCCCUACAACUAUUGACAUAUCAGUACACAGUCAGAAAUGUUGAAGUAAAGGCAUUGUCUUUAUUGCGUUGUAACUGAAAUACGAGGAAUCUUAGGAACUUUCUGUUGUAUAGCUUGAAGGAAAAAGUGACCAAAAAAAGAUUUAGGCUUUGACAGCUGAUGGAUUUUUAGCCUGUAUAUAAAUUCUUAUAUGUAUAUCUGUUUAAAAAAAAAAGAAAAAUUAGAUUUUUUUUUUUUUCCCUACAACAAUGUUUUUCCUUUCUGCCUCAAAAAAAAUAGCGGGGAAAAGGACUGUGCUUAACCGUGAAGUGCCCUUUUUUUUUAUUUAAUUAACAGUGCAGGGGCCUCCUGAUACAAUAGUUGUAUGGUAACAUUCGUCUUCCUAAUGCCCUUGGUAACCUUCUUCCAGUAAACUUAGAGAAGGGAGAUUUGCUGUUCCCGUGGAGCUUCUUUAGCCCCACUGGAAAACUAAAAACAUCUUAGGCACAGUCAUUUUACAAGACCAUCUUUGCAGUGAUCAUGAGUUUGUAAUGUAGUAUCUUCAAAAGUUGUUGGUUUGGGUUUUUUUAUUCUAGUAAUACAUCUGCAUUUUGGGCCUACAUUUCGUUAACAAUGAGGUGCAGGUCAGAUGAGACAUUCUCAACCUGAGAAUUUCAAAUAACACCUAAGAGUGGAACUGCAUUGGGUUAGGUUUAAUACAAUCACCUGUGCAAACAGAUGACAUUUUGCAUGAAACAUUGAAUAAUUUAGUGUUAUCUUCCAAUGCUAGAUAAAGAUUUUUAAAAGGUCAAAAUAAAAGCUGUUGCUUGGCAUGUUAGAGGUUGAAGUGUCAUGCUUUGUCCUGAUGGUUUGUACUUCAAGUAUACAACAAGGACUCAAUGUAAAUUUGCUUAGGACAGGCAUUGAGGCAAAUAAAUUAAUAGUCUAGAGGAAAGCUGUGAGCAUCUCAGUGGGGGUGCUUAGCUCUUCAUAAAGUUUAAGUGCUUUUCAAACAUUGAUCUUCUUCCCCUUGAAGGGGACCAAGGUGGGGGGUAAUGGUGUAGGCAGCUGGAGAAGAGAAUGACAUACAGGAGCAGGGGAGAUGGAAAGGGAGGGGGAAAUCACAUGAGAAUGACUAAAUCUAUUAUUCUCGCAAAAGCUGAACUAUGGUGGCACUUCCACAUAAACCAAUAACUGAUGAGGCUACAAUAAACACUGAAAUUUUGCACAGAAUUGCAUCUACCAUUAGGGAACUGACUGAACAAAUAAUGUCCCUGUCUGGUCAAUAAAUUCUCUGUUAACAAUUUCAGAUGAUUACUCUGACUUUAAUAUUUCACUUGCAGAGGCUUAGCAUGUCUUCUUCUACUGCUUGUCAUCUUCACCUCAGAGAAUGGGUGGGUGACAUUGCAAGUUAAUGUGACACACUCAACCUCUCUCUUUUUUUUGUGUGUUUGUACUUAGCUUCCACAAAAUGCCAUGUCAAUGACAACUUAAUGAUUGUGGAUUUCACAAUAUUGUGAAAACUUGUUUAACAAAAGUAUAAAAGCUUAUUUAUAAAGCAAAAGCGAAAGCAAUCAGUAGCUUCAUGCAGUUAUAUGUGCAUAAAAAGCAUUUGCAUUACCUUUUAGGCUUGCAAUAGAAUAUAUGAGUUUGUUUAAAUAACACAAGAGGCUUCUCAUUUUCAGGAGAAGUCUGCAUUGGUAUAAUUCCCUUUGAAUUGGGAAAAUUUGAAAAUGUAUACUGAAGAACUCCAUCAGUAAUGUUGUAUUUGGAGUAUUUUUUCGAACAAGUUAGUUUCAGAAGCUUUCCUUUACAAAUUACAUCAGAUAUGACUAUGUGAAUAGCCUAGGAUAGCCCAAAGGAAUGACAUGAUGUCAGAAUAACAUACAAAACGUUUGUGAGGGCAAGGCCAGAAAACCAUGCAGUCAUCAGGGCACAGAUUCCGUGAUGUUGAGCACCACCCGCUUCUUGCUGAAAAUGACAGUUACGAUUCCUCUUCCUCAGAGGCCGACAUGGCAGAGAGGGUUUGGUUCAUCCGAGAUGGCUGUGGUAUGGUCUGUGCUAUAAUGACAUGGCUUCUGGUUGUCUAUGCAGACUUCGUAGUGACUUUUGUGAUGUUGCUGCCUUCCAAAGACUUUUGGUACUCUGUGAUCAACGGUGUUCUCUUUAACUGCUUGGCAGUACUAGCUUUGUCAUCGCAUCUGAGAACUAUGCUAACUGAUCCAGGGGCUGUACCCAAAGGAAAUGCCACUAAAGAAUACAUGGAUAAUUUGCAACUGAAACCAGGAGAAGUGAUCUACAAAUGUCCAAAGUGCUGUAGUAUCAAACCUGAACGUGCACACCAUUGCAGUAUUUGCAAACGAUGUAUUCGAAAGAUGGAUCACCACUGCCCGUGGGUGAAUAAUUGUGUGGGGGAGAAAAAUCAGAGAUUUUUUGUUCUGUUUACGAUGUAUAUAGCCCUAAUUUCAGCUCAUGCGCUCAUACUGUGUGGGUUUCAGUUUUUCUCCUGUGUCCGAGGGCAGUGGACUGAAUGCAGUGACUUUUCCCCACCUGUAACUGUGAUCCUGAUGAUCUUCUUGUGCCUUGAGGGUUUUCUGUUUCUCACUUUCACUGCAGUCAUGUUUGGCACCCAAAUCCACUCAAUAUGCAAUGAUGAAACGGAGAUUGAAAGACUGAAGAGUGAAAAGCCAACAUGGGAGCGGAGACUACGUUGGGAAGGAAUGAAAUCUGUUUUUGGGGGUCAGCCUUCACUCCUGUGGAUUAAUCCUUUUGCAGGAUUUCGAAUCAGGCGACUUCUACUGAGAGCAAAGAAAGGAGGACCUGAGUUUUCUGUUUGAGUCUAAUUAUGCUGGAACUUGCAAGAAUACUAUAUAAUAUUUAUUUGGGGCCAGAGAAGGCUGUCUACAUAUAAUCUGUGACCAGGUGAAACUGAUAUCAGACAUUUGCUUGUAGCAAGCAGUUUUAUACGUUUAUUGUCACAGACAUCUCAUUAACUUUCAGAGACGCGAACUGGAUCUGUAAUGGUCUUAACAGCAAGGUAAGAGGAAAAGUACAUGGUCACACUAAAGAAGCCAAAUGUCAUGCUACUGUAAUUUAUUUUAUGAGAUUAAUUAUCCAUUUUUGUUAAACCCUUUUUAUUUGAUAAAAGUUUGGAGAAUUACCUGUGUGUUUUUAUAAAAAGUAUAUACUUAGGUGCAGUUGUCAAUCAUAAGGAGGAGCAUUAUGGUGAAAGUUGAUCUCAAAUGAGACCUAGCCUUCUAAAUCCAGUUUUCAGGGAAUAGUGGUUUAUUCAGUUUUAAUUUAUAUUUCAGCUUGUCCUAAUAAACAGAGCUGUACUCUUGUGUCCCACUUCAGACACACAUUCCUCAUAUGCAAGUGAUUCAAAGGACUGGUGCACACAACAGCAUAACACAUCAGAGGCACUGUUACACCCCUGCCAAAUGUCUUCCCAGGCUCACAAAAGCAUGUCUUGUGUUUGGCAGUAUUAAUCUCAUAUGGCAUUUAGGUAAGUUCUAAAUCUUCAGUAAACAACACUUUUGACUAACAGCUGUGGGCCAAAUUCUGCCCUCAGAUAUGCAUCUCCAAUUCUUAAUGCAUUGAUUCUAGAGGAACUUAAGUGUAGAUGUUUGAGGAUUGUAUCUAGUCCUCUGCAGCGAUGAGUGGGACCAAGUGACUGUAUCCUCCUGUGUGAGAUUAAAAUGUAUGUACUGCAGAUUGGAGUUAAUUAACUGAAAACAGUUGUCUUUGUAAGGUCUUGCUCUGCCCCUUUUUAUUGUACAGACUUUUUGUAGAAGGAAAGCUGUUAACUUAAUGAUCCCUUGAACAAAGACAUUAGAGGAAUGAGGGAGGUUGCCUCUUUCUCAAGUACAACAGAGCUUAAACGUGGAAAGAUCUGUAAUAGAAGGAAUUAUUUUGAAUUUAACCAUUUUCCGACCAAAACUACUUUCAAGAAAUGAGAGCAAUAUAGAUCUAGAACUGCUUUAUGUGGGCCUGACAACAGUAGUGCUAAGAAAUGUUUAUAAAUCUGCAAGUAAUGAAAUACAAGCUGCAAGUAAUGAAAUUCAGCUAAAAGUGGGUUCUUUAAAAAUUAUAUUUAGACUAUUUUUUGUAUUAUUGUUAAUCUCUUCUAUAUAAAUUACUGACAGUAUAAAGGAUAAAGCAGGAGCCUUGAUACAUAGCUUGAAAUUGUGCCUAGAAAGUAAAUAGCUCCCUGUUCUGGGACUUGCCUUAAAAUUGUCCUGUUCUUGCUUUUGCUUUGCCAGUAGCACUGGUGAUCCGUCCCACUUCAAGCAGUUCAACGUGCUGAAGAAUCUUGCAUUAUAAAGUUUACGUACUACAGAUGCUAUACAUUCUUUUUUCAGUGACCUGCUUCUCCAUUUCUUUGUAAUUGUUUGUGGCAUCUUGAUUCCAGCUUCAUCAGGUUUUAUACCAUUGGGUGGGUGAAAUUGCUAAGGGAUCCAUUUAUUACCUAUGGCCCCACGAACCAAAACGUACAAUACUAUGUAAUAUGUUCACUUUGCUUGGGGGAGAUGGUGUGUAACACUGGACAAUUGCUAGGUGGACACAUCCAAUGAAAUUGCAGUCAAAUGAACAAAACUACGUCUCAUGUAACUGAGGGGAAAGUUGAAAGUUCCACAAGAAUCUUUGCAUAUUCAGUUGCACAUCUUAAGGAUUGGGAAAAAAUGUGUCUGGCUUUGUCAUGAGGCUCUUAAUGUGUAUAUUGUUUAAUAAAAUAUCCUGAUGAAAAUCAGAAAAUAUCACUUCAAGCAGUUGAAUCCUGUGACUUAGCAAGUGUGUGCGUGUGUGAAAUCAGGUUUACUUGGCUUUUCAAACCCUUGUUACGUUGUAAUUUUUUAAUGUAAAAAAAAAAAAUAAAGUAAUGAAUUGAAGUCUUAGUUGAUUAA